UCUGUCAGUUUGCCUUUGCACUUUGCAGUUCGGCUGCAAAGAUACCUGCUGGCUGCUAGGUUCGGCCGUGGCCUGAUAACAGCUGUCUGCGUAUUAACCGUGAUUCACAAAAUGGGCUUAGUGACUACUUCGUCUGACAACCGUCUUGACAACUAUUGAAUAAUAUAUUUCAACAAUAAAUGCCCUGAGCACAUCGACAGAAAUGGACAGCUCGAUAGCUUUAAUCUUUUUUCUAUUGCUUGUUAAUAAUUUUUUCCAUGUUAAUGCCAAGUAUUGCAAAUUCGAACAUGAAGGGACCUUCAAAUAUUAUAUGUGUCCCAGAAAUGAGUACUGCUGUAGUGCUGGCUGCUGUAUUUCUCCAACCUUCCAGUUUUACCAGUUGUGGUAUUAUUGGCUCAUGGUCAUCUUCAUGUUCGUGGUUUGCUCAGGUGGCCAGUGGUGGUAUAGAUACUGGAUGAAUGAAAGGUACGUCACAGAAUUGAGGACAGCCAUGCCUCAUCAUCAUCACCACCACCAUCACCAUCAGCAGAUUAGAAGUCACCAUAUUGUAAAUCAGCCUGCUCAAAGCAACACUCCUGCUCCAGGUUCUGGAUCAACAAGAGUGGCUUACCACCCUCAAACACAGGCGGUUUACUUAGACACUUUAUGGAAACCAUCUACUUAUGGCAAUGGACGAGUAAUUUUACCUUCAAACGGUCCACCUCCUUCAUACAGUGCUAGUACACAGGCACCUUUUAGCGGGCCUAGUUCAAGCAUAUCAGGAAAUGCGGGCUUUCCAUCGCAAUCUGACAGUCCAAAGCCCUCGCCUCCUUACUCUCAGAUUUAUGGACCUCCGCCGAGUUACGAAUCUGUUGUUGGACUCUCCUCAAUUGGAACAGAAGUAGUUCAACAGCCUAGAGUUCUAGAACAGCAGCACAGUUCGCAAAGUCCAGCGACCCAAAAUCAACAGCCACCUGUAUCCCAACAGCCAUCAGAUCAGGUGUAAAGAGUAUUAAGAAAGGAAUUUAUAUUUUUAAUUCAACUGACGUGUCUAAUAAUAAUUUCCAAUUUAUCGAGACACUAGAAUGUUACAAAGCAGUGAAAAAGUGCUCCAAAGUCAGAGGUAUUUUAUUUAUUAAAUUUUAUUCUAUUUAAGUUGUUGUUGAUGUUAUUAUUAUUAUUGUAGACUGUAGAGUUCAAUAUAUGUGUACAUGUUGUGAUCUCAUAAUAAUAAGAGGAGGAACUAUUGAAUGGUCUGAAAUGACUUUAGCCACUUAAAUCCCUGUUAGGUUUUUUUAUGUUUGAGUCAGGAAGACGGAAUUAAAUUAUGGAAAGCUCUCAAGGUUGCAAUUAGAAAAGGAAACGUUACCCAUCAUUCUUAUUACUAAUCGUGGAAAAAGCUGGUGGACGGUCUAAGCAGCCACACCACAAAUCCACUCAUUUCCUCAACAUCAUUUCAUUGUAGCGACUGCUACAAUCCUUUUUAAUCAGUAAAAAAUUGCAUUGCGUGCAAUAUCUAAGUACAUUCCAGUAAAGGGCCUGCUUGUUAGGUUCCUUCACAUAAUUCUUGCUUAAAGGAAACAAGAGGUUGUCAAACAUGAAUUACCCGUUUUCUAUUUGUCAUUUCUGGAAAUAAACUAAUGCUAAAAUAAAAGCCAAAAUACUGUGAUCUAUGUCACAAAAUUAUAUAUGGAUUGACAACCAUAUUAUUUUUAUUGUUGUGUUGUUAAAUAUAGGUAACAUUAAGGGAUGUGCCAUGCAUUAAUAUUUUUGUGCGUGUUUAUCUGGAAUGACAAUUUACAUUUGAACUGUAUAAGUUACAAUUUUCAAGACAUAAUCGUUUUGGAAAUUUUUUAUUUAUUGUCUUAAAUAAUUAUGUUCUGCAUUAGUAGAACUGUCGCUAAACACAGUUUUAAUAACAAACGUUUGUUAAUUUCUCUUUUCAAAUGCAAUUUUAUCCUUGCUCACAUCAUUUUAAAACCAUAUCGGUAUUAUCUUAUGUUUUAAUUUCAUGUAUUUAAAUGCUUCUGUUGUCUGCCGAGAAUAAUAUCUCUUGCAAAACCAAAAAAAGUCUCACAUUUAAAAACAAUUAUUAAUCACACAAGCAAACUUGAAAGUCAGCCAGAGGAGAAAUAUCUUUGAGAAUUUUGCGUAGAAUAAAUUUCAAUUAUUUUCUCACUUUAAAACUGGUGUAAUUAUAACAUUUAUAAUAAACUACCUUAGUUUACAACUGCUUGUAGCACAAAACCGAAAUUCACGAAUUGAUGAAAAUCUUACAAUAAUAUUUAAGAUUUAUUGGUGUGAGGCUUUUUUCUCUAUGGAAAGUAAGUGCUAAAUGUAUUUACAAUUAUUGUCCUGACAACUGUUCAAAUGUGACAGUAACAAAAUUCAGAUAAGAAUCUUUGGAGGGAAAAGCAAACAUGCUAAUUAUUUCAUUAACAACUAACAUUAGAAAUCUAUAAAAUGGCCUAAAUGGAUAAAAAUAAAAUGAAAGACUGAUAUUUCCUUCUUAUUAAAGAGGGAAACUGAAAACCUAACAGAACAUGAGCAUAUGAUAAUAUUUAACUUCUUUCACAAAUCUUUCAAUUAAACGAAUGAGAAUGUGUUUUUGACAAACCAUUCAACUGUAGACUUUGCUCUGAUGAAGAAAGGAUGUCUCAUUUUGCUUUGUUAAUUAUUACCAUUUAUUUGUUUUGUUUUUAAAAUCUAUUAUUUUUAUUUAUUAGGAAAAGAAUCCUUGUAUGUAGAGUAUUUAGCUUAUUUUUUAGAGUAUUAAGCUUAUUUUUUAGUGGCUGUUAACAUUUAUAAUUUUAAACUCUCUUAAACUGACACUUUAUGGAAAAUUGGGACUGAAUUAAUAUUUGUUUAAUUAUUAAUUAAAGUUGACAUUUUAUACAAUCAAAAAUAAAAAUUUGCAAGUUUUGUACCAAGCCGAAAUAAGUUAUGCCCAAGGUGUCUAUUGCAGGAUAUUUUAGUCCCAAUUAAAUUGUGCAAUUUUUUUAAUUGGUAAAAUUGUAGCAAUAUCAUAAAAUAAGACCAUUUACGUUUAUUUAGUAGAGCUCAAGUAGAUAUUGAUUAUUACCUGAAGUGCCUCCCUUGUAUUGAAAAUAAUUUUUGAAAAAAGUCAAAAAGUAAAAGAACUAUUCUACAGUAUUCAUAUUAUUUGUGUAAUUUUUAAAAUUAUUUUGUUGUCUUUUUACCUUUUAUUCUAAAGACAAUUUUACAGGAUGUUAAAAACAUGUUCCAAAACAGGUUUUUAUGUAUUGAACAUCUUCUAAACAUUGAUUUUUUCCAGAAAUUAUUAAGUAUUUUUUGACAGGCUCUUUAAAAGUUAUACAGUUAGUAUCAAGUUGUCAUUCCUUUGUGUACCUGCUAUUAUUUAUAAAUAUUGUUAUAAGCAACAGUUGUAAUAAUUAUAUAUAAUUUUGCUAUUUUUAAAUUUGAAUUUGUGCAAUUUACUUUAACACAUUAAAAAUAGUUUAAUUAAUUUCUAUUAAGGCUUGAUUUGUAUUUGGUUGGUAUACAGUCAAUUUUUAUUAUAUUUAAAUCCUUUAGUAAAAAUUUUUAUCAGCUUGUGCAAUAGACCAGUACAAAGAGGAACUUAAAGAAAAAAAAAAAUUUUAGUAACAUGAAGUAAAACUUUUCUUUUGUUUAAAAUAUUACACUGUUAUUAUACUAAUUUCUCUUUGCAUGUAAAAAAAUGAAGCUUCAUUUUUAAGGCUUUAAAUAAAUUAAAAAGGUACGUAAAAGCUCAUGUUUACAUUCUUAAAAGGGAUUUUAGUGAGUAAAAUUUAUAAAUUGAUUGGUGUAAAAAAUGUGAGCAUAGCAGUUUUUGUUUUGUUAUUAAUAGAUUUCUUUUAAUCAAAAAUUUUUUUUAUAUGGUUAUUUGCAGUUUAUAUCAAAAGUUCUUUAGAAAAUAAAGAAAAUGUUCGAUCUCUGUGUAUUGUCAGAGGUGGUGGCCAGCCAUUAAAACAAAAUGUUUAUAUAUGCUAAGCCUCGUUGACAACGGCUAAAUGCUGCCAAGCAUAUAAAUUCAAGUUACAGAAUGUAACAACUCAAUUCGUUAAAUGUACUCCAAUUGAGGAUUUUGUUUCUUACUCUGACAAUAGUCAGAAUAGGCAAAUUCUCCAAACCAAAAAAAAUAUUAUUUUAUAUUUGUAUGAUAAAAAAAAAAAAA